AUGACUUCCAAUAUUAAUUUAAGAAUUAUUUUUGAACAAACAGCAGAUAAUCUGAGCAGGACUGCGGGUAUCAAUGAUUUUCGUGGUCCUUCAGGUGUUUGGACUGCUCGAGCGAGAGGUAUUGUUCUACCAUCACGAACGGUUCCUAAUCCUGAACCAACAUUAACUGAUAUGGCUUAUGUGGAAUUGAUGAAAAAGAAUUAUUUGAAAUUUUUAAUUUCUCAAAAUUGUGAUGGUCUACAUUUGAAAAGUGGCAUAUCACCGGAUAAAAUUUCUGAAUUACACGGCAGUUCCAAUUAUGAAGCUUGUGCAAAAUGUUGA